UCGUAGCACUCCAGCAAGCCACCAAGAUGCCGAGGAACGCUGUACCGUCGUUAGUGUUUUUCUUGCUCCUCGCGGGGGCUUUAUCCCCCGGCAGAACGGUGGAGGUGUCCGUGUGGGACGUUGACGUCAACUCGACGCAGCAUGCUGUUUUCCGGAAGACUCUGUACGCCAACACCACUGUUUUCAUGAAGUUCCGGGGCGUCAUCGGCGCGUGCGAUCAAAACGUGGCCUUCAACAUCAGUUGGUACCUGCGCUCCUCUGUGUGCUACAACGAGAUCUUCAACACGCCCGACAACAAGGCCAUCAACAUGUUCGCCAUGGAGCACAUGCUCAAGGAGGGCUGGAGCGGCUUCUACAGUCAGGGCUACGUCUACUUUGAGAACUGCUUGGCUCUCUUUUCGCCAAAGGUGUACUAUACAGACUUCAAUCCGUAUCAACCACUGGCCAGCCCAACAAGUGACGCUUCCAAUCAAAGUCUUAUUUGGCCCGACAAACCGGAUUUAGGCGCCGUUGCCAAGGCAUGGGAGGACAGCCCGUACUUGUUCAUCGUUAAGGUGCAGCCGCUCUUCCGCGGCGUGGAUGACGAGGACGAGGACUCUGCGACCGAGCAUCUCAACUUUGCCUUCACCAUGAAAGUGGAGAUGAAGGGACCACAUGACUACUCCUCCCCGGCUGAUUGGCCCCAGAUGAUGUUCUUCAUGGUCAUGUGCAUCGUCUAUGUGCUCUUCGGCGCCCUCUGGCUCUUCUGGUGUGCCUGCUACUGGCGGGACCUGCUCAGGGUCCAGUUCUGGAUCGGCGGCGUCAUCCUCCUGGGCAUGCUGGAGAAGGCCGUCUUCUACUCCGAGUACCAGAACAUCCGCUACCGAGGAGACUACGUUGAGGGUGCCGUGAUUUUCGCUGAGCUGCUUUCUGCGCUGAAACGAUCUCUGGCCCGCAUCCUGGUCCUCAUCGUCAGCCUGGGUUACGGUAUCGUCAAACCCAGGUUGGGUACCACGGUGCACCGGCUGGCUGCCGUCGGGCUGCUCUACCUGCUCUUCUCCUCGGUGGAGGGUGUGCUUAGGGUGACGGGUCCCCAGAAGCCAGUUUCACUCAGAGCAUGUGGUCUGGGUUUCUAUGGUACAGUGGCCCUGGGGGCCAACCUCAGUCUCUCCCUCAUUGACUCCUGUGUCAUGUGGUGGAUCUUCAUUAGCCUGUCGCAAACCACUCGUAUGCUGAAGCUGCGGCGGAAUGUUGUCAAGCUGUCCUUGUACCAACAUUUCACCAACACGCUCAUCUUCUCCAUGCUCGCCUCCAUUAUUUUCAUCAUCUGGACCACCAAGGUCUUCAAGCUAGUGGACUGCCAGAAGAGCUGGAGGGACUUAUGGGUGGACGACGCCUUCUGGCGGCUGCUCUUCUCCACUAUCCUGCUGGUCAUCAUGGUGCUGCUGAGGCCCUCUGCCAACAACCAAAGGUUCUCCCACUUGUCUCUGAUCGAUGACGAGGAUGAAGACGCGGAGGAUGCCAAAGAGCCCAUGUUGAACGAAGCCUUUGCGGGGAUGAAGAUGAGAGGAUCCAAGCCGGAUGCCAGCGGCUCCCAGAAGUUCUUGAGUCAAGAGGAUGAAGACCUGAAAUGGGUUGAGGAGAACAUUCCAACAACAGUCGCUGAUCUAGCUCUCCCUGCUAUGCUGGAUGAGGAAGAGGAAAUCCUGAAAACUCAAAUUGAGCGAUCCAAAAUGGAGUGACUACCGGAGGACAUGGGUAAAUAUCCAAAGUGGUUGGAAAGCCAUCUGGAACGUGUCCGUGCACUCACUUUGCUCUAAAGUCGUCACCUACAUUCCACCCCAAAAAAGAUACAAAUAAAAAUCAGGUGGAGUUGAAAUAUGCAAGGUUAGAUUAUAUAUCUAGAACAAAUGAGCCAAUGUUUCUUGCCAUUUUAUAGAUACUUCAUAUGGGGUAACUGAAGGAAGCAAUGUUAAAAUGCACUAUAUUACACACAAGUACCCCAACCCAAUCAGCUACUGUAUUUCCAUACUUGAAGGAUAUCACUGAAAUCAGAGGGGGAUCUAACUACUGAUGUUCCCUAGAGAGAAUGUAACGUGGUAUGGAAACCAUUUUGAGCAUUUAGCCGAUAUCCUUGAUACUCAGCUUAAGGUCCACGCGCUACUAUGAUCGUUGUCCUUACAAGUAAAACAGUUCCCCAUACUAGUCAGAAAUCAAAUAACAUAGAUAUCAAGGAUAUUGAACGAAGGUUCAAAUGGCUUUCCGUAACAUGGUGAGCCCCACCCUCUAGCCCCCCCCUCCAAAACAAAAAGAAAGGAAAAUAUGUUUCACAGGAGUUGUUCUGUCUUUCUAAAGGUUCUUUUUAGCACUUAAGUCCAGAUGUACGGCACAUAAUGUUACUUUUUUAAAUUUCCCAAGUCAACAUUAUUAUAAAGUAUAUCAUUGGGGUUUUCUGUUCUGCGCCCGACCCAAUUACAUCGCUCUGCAAUCUACUGACGUACGUAUGCGUGGGUAUCACCAAUGACUUAAUUUAUGCUUGUUUGUUAUGUUCAAAUCAUUUAUUUUUGUUUAAAAUCUAACUUUAUGGAUGUGAGUCUGCAAUGUGUAACGUCAAGCAGUAAAUGUCCAGCAAAUAAAGUUUUUAUUGAAAGACUUAAA